AGUUCAGGUGCUCAGCGCUGGCGCAGUGAGAACUUUGAGAGGCCUGUGGACCUCGAGGGCUCCGGGGACGAUGACUCCUUCCCUGAUGAUGAACUGGAUGACCUGUACUCGGGGUCAGGCUCGGGCUACUUUGAGCAGGAGUCAGGCAUUGAGACAGCCAUGCGGUUCAGCCCGGACAUGGCCCUGGCAGUGUCCACCACGCCCGCUGUGCUGCCCACCACGGACAUCCAGCCGGUGGGCACCCCAUUUGAAGAGCUCCCCUCUGAGCACCCCACCCCAGAGCCAGCUACCAGCAUGCUGGUGGUGACAGAGGUCCUGGGAGAGCCUAGCCAGAGAGCCACCACCAUCGCCACUACCAUGGCUACCACUGCUGCCACGACUACAGGGGCCCCCACAGUGGCCACCGUGCCUGCCACGGUGGCCAUUGCUGCCCCCAGCACUCCUGCAGCACUUCCUUCCACGGCUACCACUGCUGUUGUAAGGACCACCGGUGUACGAAGACUUCUGCCACUUCCACUGACCACAGCAGCCACAGCCCAGGCCACCACCCCAGCGGCACCAUCACCUCCUACCACCAUGGCUGUCUUGGACACAGAGGCUCCAACGCCCAGGCUGGUCAGCACAGCUACCUCCAGGCCAAGAGCCCUUCCCAGACCAACGACCACCCAAGAGUCUGAUGUCCCCAAGAAGAGCACCCUGCCCCUGGGGACCAUUGCCCCUGAACCCACGGAUGUAGCUCAGACCCCCACUCCAGAUUCCUUUCUGACCACAAUCCGGGCUGAGCCAGAGGUGCCUGUGAGCGGGGGGCCCAGCGGGGACUUUGAGCUGCCAGAGGAAGAGACCACGCAGCCAGACACAGCCAAUGAGGUGGUGGCUGUGGGAGGGCCUGUGACCAAGCCCUCACCUCCACCUGGAGUGCUGCCCAAAGGUGCCCGCCCAGGCCCUGGCCUCCUGGACAAUGCCAUCGACUCGGGCAGCUCGGCUGCACAGCUGCCUCAGAAGAGCAUCCUGGAGCGGAAGGAGGUGCUCGUAGCCGUGAUUGUGGGCGGGGUGGUGGGUGCCCUCUUCGCCGCCUUCCUGGUCACACUGCUCAUCUACCGCAUGAAGAAGAAGGACGAGGGUAGCUACACGCUGGAGGAGCCCAAGCAGGCAAGCGUCACGUACCAGAAGCCUGACAAGCAGGAGGAGUUCUACGCCUAGUGGAGCCGCAGUGCCUGCCUGCAGCCUCAGCACCACCCUCCGCCCAGUCCCUACCUGGCCUCACUAGCCCAGGCCUGGGACUGGGCCCAGGAAGAGACCUGGCCCCAGUUCUUGUCUGCCCUCUCUCCUAAGGCCUGCGCAGGCUGCCAGCCUCACACAGCUCUUCCUCAAGGGGUGGGAGACACUGCCAUCUGCCCCAUACUGUGCCCUCACAAGCUCAUCUCCUGUCCCUACUGGCCCUGGGCUCAGGACUUCAAAUCAGCUGGA